AGUCACUAAAUCUUAAACCCUGUUAAAAACCCCUUAUCCAUAAUAAAUCCUUCUUGAAAAAUUCCAAAAUGGCCACCACCAAACUCUUCUUGAGACCAAACCCUCUCCCUUCCACAAUCUUCUCUUCUUCAUCAAUUCACGUUCUCUUCGCUAAAUCUAAAUUUACUACCACUUUCUCCCUCUUCUCCGCCGUCUCCGCCACCACCACCGCCAUCACCAACCACGCCCUCCCUUACGGCCCCUCUCUUCUGAAAGGCAAAACCCCAGAAUUCCCCAAAAAACUGCAAGAUGAAGCUAAUCACCUCUUCGAUGAAUCCCAAUUCACCAGAAUUUUCGACAUUGCCGCCGUCCGUGUCCCUGCAAAAGAUUGUUUUGCCCUCGAGUCCCGCCUCCGUGGCCACCUUCUCAACUGGCCACGUGUCCGCAACAUUGCUCGUGUGCCUGGUGAUGAUGUGGAUACUCAAUUCAUCACUCUGUUACAAGAUAAUACUAAAAAUGACACUGAUGAAGAAAGUUUAGAUCUUCUGAAUUCUGUUUUGUAUAGGGAUAAGUUAGUUAAGAGCUUUAACGUUCGGGGGUUUGUUAAGUUUAGGAAUUUGGCGAAGAUUUCGCGGCCGAAAAAGAGGAAGAAGAAGGAAAAGAAGGGGGAAGAAGAGAAGGGAAAGGGGAGGAAAAAGGAGUUUUGUGUGGUGGAGGUUGUUGAAAAGGAAAGUGAAGAAAUGAAGGGAUUGUUAGGGGAGGAAUUUAGAGGUGGAGAGAAAUGGAAAGGAGCAACAAGAUUGUUGCUUUUAGAUGAAGAGUUAGCGGAUAAAGAUGUGGAGGAGUUUCCUGAAGCAAUCAAGGUUGUAUUUGAAGAAGAUAAGAGUAAAAAUAGAAUACCAACUUUAGAGCUUGUGAGAUGCAGGCUCACAUUGUAUUAUGAUUACUGGCAAAUGGAUGAGAUAUUGGAGGCCUUGUUACCAGAGGGUAUGAUUGUCCCUUCAUCUUUUGAAACAGUUGGGCAUAUCGCACACCUGAACCUUAGAGAUGAGCAUUUACCUUGCAAAAAUCUCAUAGCAAAGGUAGUUUUGGAUAAAAACAAGCCAAAAAUACAAACAGUUGUCAAUAAAAUUGAUGCUAUCCAUAAUGACUACAGAACCAUGCAACUUGAGGUUCUAGCUGGAAAUCAUUCCCUUGUGACUGUCGUAGUUGAGAAUGGAUUACGAUUUAAUGUUGAUUUAGCUACAGUAUAUUGGAAUUCAAAGCUUGCAACUGAAAGGCAAAGGCUUCUAAAUGGUUUCAAUCACAAAGAUGUUGUUUGUGAUGUUUUUGCUGGUGUUGGUCCAAUAGCUAUAUCUGCGGCAAAGAUAGUGAAACGUGUAUAUGCUAAUGAUUUGAAUCCUUAUGCAGUCGACUACCUUGAAAGAAAUAGUGUCCUCAACAAACUCGAGAGAAAGAUUGAGGUCUAUAACAUGGAUGGCAGGAGGUUCAUUGAUGCUAUGUUUGCUAGUGACAAAGCUCAGUCCAUAACACAAGUGGUUAUGAAUUUACCAAAUGAUGCAGCAGAAUUUUUAGAUGUUUUUAGAGGAAUAUACAGAGAUAGACCCAAGGACACAAAAUUCACAUUCGUCUGGGGUUGUGCGGACGGUUGA